GGUACCGAUCGGGUUUCCGGUACGGAUCGGGUAGCGACAAAGAUGUUGUCCUUCCUUGUUCUUCCUGUUAGAACUCCAUCAUCCCAAAUCUAAGGGACAUGUUUCUUCUUUUGGACCAAGGAAACUGUCAGCCUGUCAGAUCAGAUGUCUUCAAGAAGGAAACCUGUGAAUGCUGCAGCAUUUUUGGGUGUUUCCUGUAACUGAAAAUGGGAUCCUUAAAGCGCACCCGCUCAUUCCAAAGACUUGAUGAUUUUUGCAGAGGACCAGGUGCUGCUACCACGGAGAGGUGUAGUCCAGCUGUUCACUCCACUCCAUUGUCUCAAAUCUCAGGGACAUGUUUCUGGAAACCUGUGAAUCCUGCAACAUUUCUGGUAAUUCUGAUAAUUCUGAUGAAAGUCUCCAGUGGUCUCAGCCUCACAUGUCAUCAAGCAGAGUAUCAGAUAGGAAAUGAAUGCUGUCCAAAGUGUCUUGCAGGGAGUCGAGUGAAAACUCACUGCAAUGAGUAUAGAAGUACGUCAUGUCUGCCCUGCAUGGAUGGAACCUUCACUGAUCAACCUAAUGGGCUGGAGCGAUGUAUUCCCUGUACAAACUGUCACUCAGCUCUUGGUCUGAGGGUAAAGAAGCAGUGCACAGCAACAUCAGAUACACUCUGUAAACCACUGGAGGGAUUAUACUGUGUCCACCAUACAGGACACAGCUGUGAGAGAGCACAUGAACACAAACGCUGUAAACCAGGACAGUACAUUAGUCAGAAAGGAACCGCCUCCACAGACACUGAGUGCUCUGACUGCAGCAGUGGAACAUUUUCAAAUGGAACAUUUCACUCCUGUCAGCCACACACACAAUGUCACCUACUCAAUCUUCAACAGAAAACAGCAGGAACAUCUGCAGCUGAUGCUCAGUGUGGAGAACGCAGUUUUAAUGUGGGAGCAGCUGUUGGUGGAGCUGUGGGUGUUUUAAUUGUAAUUACUGGAGGAGGGGGAUUAUUAUUAUUAUGGCACUUAAAAAAGAGGGCUCCGUCUAACAGACCACCAAUCAAAAAACAAGGUAUGUUUGUGUCUCUUUCUCCAUGUUCACUGCAUCACAUUGAUUUAUAUAAUAAGGGUUUUUUUUGUUUUUAAAUUUCAUUAAAAACGGCACAGAUGGGGAGCGUUUAGGGAUGGCAUCAUCAGAAGGUGAUAAAAGAGCAAAUGCAGACCAUAAUGAAGGAAUCCCUCUGUGAGCCAACUACUUCUUUCUGUGCUGCUUCAUGUGUUGUGGAGAAAAAAGUGAUCAGGCUACCUCAUAAAACACUGUAGCAGACUUGCAUCACAUCCUCCCUCCACCACCAGUCCACCAAUACUAUGAUGAUCUUUUAUGGGGCCAUCUUAAAAGAUAUGAAACAGAUAAAUAAUUACAAGAAGUCGUGUACUGGUCUGAGAUGAGUCUGAAUGUGUACAACACAGUUGUACAAACUGUAGAGAUUACCUGGAAAGCUCCAACAAACUUUGUCCAGCAAGCCUGCAGAAGUCUUGGGAGAAAACCUCAUGGGACCCUUUAUCUACAGUGUCGGUGGAAACCUGUAUUUAACAGUCUUAGCAGACUGCUGUACAGACUGGAGAGGACUGUUCUCUCUUUAUAAAGUGUCAGCAGAAACCAAAGCUCACAUCCUAACCAGAGAAAUACUCUCCUGCUGGUGUCUGUGAAGGUUCUCAGUCAUCCAGGUCAUCGUAGUCAAAGGAGCUUGCAAAGAAAAGCG